GCGCGAUGGCCCAAGCGCAAGCGCAAGAAGCACCGCGUACCAAGUUCUACGUCCGUGGCAAGACGAGCGUCGAGCCCUUCUGGGGCCUGCCGUCCGUGACGCCCGAAGAUCUCGCGCUGCGCAAGAUCGAGGCCGAGGCCACGCUCUCGACGUGCGACAACAUGUUUAUGAGCCCCGACGGUAGUAAGGCUGCGUUCAUCUCGACGGAGCUUGGCUUUGUCGUGCGCGCGACCGAGACGAACGACGUGCUUGUUGAAGUCGCCAACCCGGGUAUCCAGGCCGUCGCUUGGUCGCCGCUUGCGACGCAGCUCGUCACGUGGCAGCGCCCUGUGAAGGACUCGACCGAAGGCAACCUCAUUGUCUGGGACGUUUCGAACGGCUCGAUCGUCGCGCGCUUCAACCAGAAGACGUACACGCGCGACCACUGGCCGUCGAUCCAGUGGAGCUCGGACGAAACGAUCGCCGCGCGCCUCAGCGGCAGCGGCGUCCAAGUGUACAAUGGCCGCGCGAUUGGCGCUGGCCACAUUGGCAACAUCGUUCUCGAGAACACGGCCAAGUUUAGCGUCGCGCCCGGCAGCAUUCCGUACAAGAUUGCGCUCUUCGUGCCCGAGAAGAAGGGCAAGCCCGCGAGCGUCCGCGUCUACCCGUUCCCGCCCAACGCAUCGCAGUCGCACGUCGCGUUCAAGAGCUUUUACAAGGCUCAAGACGUCAAGCUCAAGUGGGCACCGAACGGGUCGGCGCUCAUCAUCGAGACGAGCACGGACGUCGACACGUCGGGCAAGUCGUACUACGGCGAGACCAACCUCUUCUUCCUCCAGAGUGAUGGCCAGUACGACUGCAGCAUCCCCGUGACCAAGCAAGGCCCCGUGCACGACGUGCAGUGGGACCCGACCUCGCGCGGCUUUGUCGUGCUCGCGGGCUCGAUGCCGGCCAACGCCACGCUCUACGACAACCAGGCGUGCCCUGUGUUUGAGUUUGGCGCUGCCUCGCGCAACACGAUCAGCUGGAGCCCCCACGGCCGGUUCCUCUGCCUCGCCGGUUUUGGCAAUUUGCCGGGCCACAUGGAUUUCUGGGACCGCAACAAGCUCAAGAAGCUUGGGUCCGCGACGUCCGAAUGCGCCACCGUGCAUGGCUGGUCGCCCGACUCGCGCUAUUUUGCGACCGCGACGACCUUUCCUCGUGUCCGCGUCGACAACGGCUUUAAGAUCUUCAAGUACGACGGCAUUGGCCCCGUCGUGUCCGAGUCGCGUGACGAGAUCUACGACCUCCAGUUCCGCCCCGCGGCGGCGGGUGUGUACCCGAACCGCCCGGCCACGCCGCGCUCCAAGGAAGAGGAAGCCACGAUUGCGCCGCCGGCGCCGGUGCGCCAAGCGUACCGCCCGCCCAACUCGACGGGUGCGCUCGCCGCGAUGCUCCGCCGUGAAGAAGGCACGGGCGCGCGCAAGCUCGACCGCAACAAGUACGCGCCGGUCAAGACGAUCGGCGGCUCGGGCGUGAUUCCUGGCAUGGCUCCGCCCGUCGUCAAGAAGCCCAGCAAGGCCGAGAAGAAGAAGAAGGCGAUCGAAGCUGCGGCUGCCAAGGCCGAGAUCGAGAAGGCCGCCGCUGCGCUCCUCGCCACGGUCGCCGUGCCUGUGGCCCAGGUGGUCUUGACGCCCGAGGAGAAGGCCAAGAAGGCCAAGGCCGUGCAGAAGAAGCUCAAGCAGAUCCAGGAUUACAAGGUCAAGCAGGCCAACGGCGAUACGCUCAACGAGGACCAGCUCGCCAAGCUUGCGAACGAAGGUGCGCUCCAAGCCGAGCUCGAGGCGUUGGCCUAAACCGAUUUGACGAUGUCCUCCUAACCGACGACGUCCCAUCUUCUCUCGUCUACA